UCAUGUUUUUCAUGUAACGAUAAUAUUAGUUAUAUAUCUGCUAUUAUUGUGUUUGGAAAUAAUGAAGGACCACAAAUUGAAGGAAAGAAUUAGUGUUGUUUGAAAUCGCAAUAUUUGAAAAUCUAUGUUGAUAACACCUAUAAUUCGCGCGGAAACUUCAUAUCGAACAUAACCUGAAAAGAUAUUGAUAUACAUAUGUGAUUCAAGUAUACGCAAUGUAUAAGCAUGUAUACGCAAUAGAUCUGAUAUACUUGUAAGAUGGGGUUAAUUAAGUAAUUACUGAGAAAUGCGAAUAUUAAUUACUAUACCAAUUGAAUGGAUAGAAAUAGCAAGCUAUCGAGUAAAUAGAUGAAAAUGUAUUUUACUGAAUUUUGAAGAAAUUUACAGUAUGGAGGACUUAAAAUGUAAAUUUUUCGGUCUUAUUAACAAGCAGAAUACAACCAAAAUUCCAUUAAUGGGUUUACAUCCAGAUCUACUUAAUCCGUCAGAAUCACAGAAAUCAGAUGAUAUACAAUCAGAAGCUGACCAAUCAACAGAAAGUGAACCUAUCCCUGAUCAAGACAUAUUAGAAUCUAUAGAAGAGAUUUAUUUUAAUACAGACCAUAAUUUUGAUCCUUGUAGACACGAAUUGGAAAAGUUACCAAAGGUGUUGCAAUCUAAAGAAAUUGAAAAAUGUUACAAGAAACUGAAACAGCAACAUCAAGUUGUUUCCAAGAAAGUUCUACAACUUAUAUUACAAAAGCAGAAUGCUUGUAAGAAAGAGUUUGACAAAAUUUUAAUGAUACAAGAACAAUUACAGGAUGUGUUAGAAAUUUGCAGAAUGGGAAGAGAAGAUUUAAAAUUAGCUGAAAGGCAGUUUACUACAGCUAGUUUAGGAAUAUUAGCAAAUUAUCAAAAAAGGCAGAUCAUAGAAGAAUUAUUAAAUAAUUUAAAUACUAUCAAGACAUUGCAACGUACAGGAGAUAGAUUACAGGAGUUAUUAAAUGAAAAAAAUUAUCCCAGAGCAAUCUCGUUACUUUUAGAAUGUCAAAGUGCUGCACAGACAUAUAAACAUUUCCAUUGUAUUGCUGCUUUAAAUGGAAAAUUACAGGAUAUUUUAGAACAAGCAGAGGAAGCCUUGGAUGUUACACUAUCAAAGAUGUGCACGCAAUUCGAUGUAACAAUAUAUACGUCUAUUCAAGAAGCUUAUACUCUGUUAAGAAAAACUCAAUCUGCAAUGGAUCAAUUGCAUAUGCAUUUUACUGCUGCAAUUCACAAUACUGCUUUUGCAGCUGUUCAUUCGUAUGCGGGCGGAGAUACAAAGAGACAAUAUAAACAACUUUGUCAAUCAGUGCCCCGGGAAAGUUGCAUUAUUUGUCUAACAGAAUUGUGUAAAUCAUUAUGGACAAUAUUGAGCUCCUAUUAUUUGGUAGUAAAUUGGCAUAACACACAAGAAAAUAAAGUUAAACUUAAAGCUGAUGUAAAAGAUUUAGAGGAGACUUUUAGCAAACAAUAUGUGAAGCAUAAAUUAGAAAACAGUAUGAUUCGUGUAUGGCAUGACGUCGAAAUGAAGAUUUCGAUAUUUUUAAUGAACGCUGAUUUAACUUACAUUAAAUUUGAACAAUUUGUUCAAGUUUUAGGUAUAGUUAACAGAUUAAUGGAAAUUGGGGAGGAGUUAUGUGGUUUUAAGUCAGAAAAUCUGCAAGAAUCUAUAAGGAAACAAUCAUUGUCAUAUUUUUCUCAUUAUCACGCAUCAAGACUAGAUGAACUCAGGAUAUUUUUAGAAAACGACGGGUGGGAAUUGUGCCCCGUAAAAUCGAAUUUUGUGGCAACUCAGUUACAGGAAUUUAAGAGUUUAAAACCAUCGCUGAACAGUUGUAAAGUAUGGAACAAUUUUGAUAACUCUAACGUUGGUGAAAAUGAUAGCCCUAUAAGUAUAGAGUGGAUUCAGAAAUAUUUAGAAGGGGGGUCAUCGCCAUUCUCUAUAGGUCUAGAUGAUACCAUGGACGAAGAUAUUUUGAUAAGUAAUGAAGAUAAUCCUCCAGAAUAUUUUUCGGAUGAAUCAGAUGAUGAUAUCCCUGAUGAAUUAAAACACGAAUACGUUGAUGAUUCAGAUCAUGUUAAAACAAAUAAAAAAAAGUGUAAACUAAAACAAUCAGGGCCCAUGGUUACAAACACAACACUAAGUAUAUUGCGCGUUUGUGGAAAGUAUUUACAAAUGUCUAGAUUAUUACGAUCAAUCGCGGUUACGGUUAUACAAAGUAUGAUACAGUUUUACGAGUUAUGUUUUUAUACUGUACAUUUAUUCUUUACUUCAGAUUUGCAAAUAAAUAGUGAUUCUUUAUAUAGUCCAAAACUGAAACUAUCUCUAGCAAGAAUUAAGGAGAAUUUAAUCAUUUGUGAAAAUGAUACGGAAGAUAACAUUAAAUUAAAUUCCGAUAAAGUACGACAGCCCCAGCUCUCUUCCAUUGUAAAUUUAUCGCAACCGGAAAAGCUUCACGGUUUGACUGAACGUAUCGUAGGAGUGGAAUCUCUAAUAUUUUUAGGUCGGCAAUACGAAAGUUUAAAACCAUACUUGGAACAUCUUAUCGGUGCUAGCCCACAACGUGGUUUCCUUCACCAAUUUUAUAUGCAAACAAUUGCAUCGAGCACUGAUUUAAGGAAACCGGUAUAUAUGGCGGUUGCAUCUCGAGCAUUUGAUGUUUCAAAUAUUUUAAAUUUAAUGAAUAAAGUUAAUUGGGAAGUGACUGAUGUUAUGUCUCAACAUAGUGGGUAUAUCGAUGCAUUACUUCAGGAAAUAUAUAUAUUAAAUGAAAGAUUGAAGAACAUCGGAAGUUGUCUUCCUUUAGCGGACGAUGUAUAUAACGCUGUCUGGGAAAAUGUGGCACAUCUAAUAACUCAUACAUUAGUAGAGGGAUUUUCUAAUGCUAAAAAAUGUUCGAAUGGUGGCAGAGCACUAAUGCAACUUGAUUUUACGCAAUUGAAAUCGAAAUUCGAGACAUUAACUUCUUUAAGGCCAAUGCCUCACAGAGAAUAUGUUGAAUUAUAUAUUAAAGCUUACUAUCUUCCAGAGAAUAGUUUGGAAGAAUGGAUAAGGGAACAUAAGGAAUAUUCUGUGAAACAUUUAAUUGGUAUAGUUUCUUCAGCUUGUCAAAAUAAUAAAAAAACUCGUCAGCGUUUAAUUGCAUUCAUAGAAGAACAACGGCCUAGUAGAUAGCAUAGGUCUAUAUAUUAUAAUACGUCUCAAGAUUAUAUCGAAAUAGGAAUUGCAUAAAGGACGAAUUUUUAGGAAUAAUUUGAAAAGAGGAAAAUGAAAAGGAUGUAUUUUCUUCGUGUACAUAUUCGGGAACUUUUACUAUAUCACUAAAGUAAGCAAGCUCAUUUAAGAACUCUAAUUUUCUUGACACUUUCGUUUACUCAGUGCACGGAUUAAAUCCAUCGAUAUGGGCUCUUAAAAAGAUGUUAGUUCGUAAAAUUGAAAGUAUGUGAUAAAGUACGAAAUUGUUAAUUCUGAUAUAUGUCAAUACAAUGUAAGUAAUAUUGGCUAAAGGAAUCUCAUCGAAAUUUAGAGUUUCAAUCGAAUUCAUAGAGUAUUAUUAUUACAAUUAACAAUUACAAACUUUUCACAUUAUGUUAAUGAUAUAUAUAUAUAUAUAGUUAAUUAUUCAGAUAUAUUACAGCAUUGUCGAAAGUCUGAAUAAAAAAAUAUCUGCACUUUGAAUCUCAAAGAAGGAAUUUAAUGUUAUUGGAUCUGUUGAUAAAAAAUUUUUGCUCGUCUCGAGCCUUUUCACUCAAUCAUUGUAAAGCAAGGUGUACAUAAUUUUAUUUCAUAUUCAUUUUAUUUUCAUAGCUCUUUUUAUAAUAUAAUAAUUAUAUAUAUAUAUAUGAAAUAUUUUUUAAACAUAUAUAUUAUUCCACAUAAAAAUUGUAGUUUUUAUAAAGUUAUUAUGUUUUAAUAUUUUUAUGACCAGAGUUUAUAGAUCUUAUAAAAAAAAACACAAUCCAUUGUCAGAUUUUCAACUAGAUAAUUGUAAUAAUUUGUAAAUAUUUAAAUAAUUAUUUUUCGAAAUUAAGUGCAAUUAUAACUAUUUUGUUUAAAAAUAUAUUUUACAUUUUGAAAGAAUGCUUUUGUAAUUUAAAGGUGUCUUUAUUAUACAAAUAAUAAUAAUAAUAAUAUACAAGUACAUUUUUGCUGGAUUCAUCGGUUUCCAAUUUUGUAAAAAUUAUUGUUAUUUAUCUAUAUAGUAUUCAAUGUAGCAUUACAUUUAUCAUAUAUUCUUAUAUCCUUUAUUUGUACUAAAAACCAAAAAAUUCUAUUGCACCUCUAAUUACUAUUCGUAUUUUAACAUUCAACUUCGUUUUGAGGAAUGUGUUUGUUUUUAGCUAUUAAACAAUUUGAAAAUUCAUAUAAAGCGAUUAAUUAGUUCAUUGUAUGAAUAUCUAUAAUCUGCUUUAUACUACCAUUUUCAAAAUAGAGAAAUAACUAAAAAUACUCUUCCAUAAAUAAUAUUCCAAUGUGACUGAAAAAUGUUUCAUUCCUUUUUAUUUAAUGACUAUGUAAUUAUAAAAUUGGUUAAUAAUGGUGCAUUGAGAAUUCUCUGGCUAAUAGUAUUAUGGAUCAGCGUUUCCCAAUUUUUUUUAUCUAUGUGGAUCGUAUCUAGUUUAAGUAAAAUUUAUUUAAGAUUAAAAGACAGUUGUGUUCUCUAAAUUUAUCUGUUCUUUCGUCUACGGAGUUAAAUUACGUAUGAAAUAUGGCCUUUAUAUAUUAUCCUUCUAAUUUUUAUGAAACAAGGAACACGAUCCAUGGAGUGUAAAUGUUAAGAAACGCUGAUAAUUGUAUUGAAGUAACCAAUUUCUUCCUUACUCCAAAGCGUUUUAUAUCGAGCCCUGCAUUCUGAAUGGCCCCUGUUAAAACAAAUCGUUGGAAAAUGUAGCUGAUACAUAUAUGUGUGAACUAAACAAUGGAAAUAUGAUGAUACCAAAUGCUUACUUUGACAAUAAGCCUAUUUGACAAUGUUAUUUCUUAAUAUUGCGUUAAAAAACGUAUGCCCUAACUAUAAUGACAAACGCAUACGCCUUGUUUUUUUUUCUCUCUGCUCAUUUAUAAACCUAAAUUCAGUAUCUUAACUAUAAAUGCUUUUGUUAUUUCACACUGAA